CUCCUCGCAGCCCAGCAGCAGCGGGACAGGGCUCGGCUCCCCCGGUCCGGCUGGGGAGGGGAACGGGACGGGACGGCCCCGGCGGGGAGGGACCCGGGGCCGCCUCUGCGGGAACUCCCGGCCCGAGGAUGAGCUCCUGAAGCCUGGGACCUGCAGCAUCCUCCUCUGGAUCAAGAUGACCACAGCCUCACCCCUGCUCAAUAACACCCUGGCCUCAGCGAAUGUCACCACCAAGUCUCAAGAGCAAAGCCUCUACCAAAGCUCUGGAGCAAUCGUUGCUGCCAUCGUGGUCGGCGUCAUCGUUGUCUUCACGGUGGUCCUGCUCAUACUGAAAGCCUACAACAGGCACAUGAGAGUGAGGAGGGAGCUGGAGCCCAAGGGCACCAAAGCAUCAAUGUCAACUGCUUCGGGGCAGGGCAACAGCCUGGCUCAGCACCCUACAGUGACUUUCAUACCUGUGGAUAUCCACAUGCAGAAUAGGUAACUGCUGGGAGAGGAGAGGUGGAACUCUUGCCAUGGACCUGGGACUCCUCAGCAGAGCAGUGCUGCCUUUGGAGGAGCAAUGAGCUCUGGGUUUGUCUGCAGCCUGGAUCCCAUCCUGCUUCGGGAGGAGGAAGCAAAGCUCUGGACCCUCUUGGUGUGGCUGAGCUCAGCUGGUGGAGCUGCACAACCCCCCAGAAAGGCAACAAACCUCCUGACAGAGCUCUGGGGAUGGAGAGACUGAAUCCAUCCCUGGGAGAAGCAAAGCAGAGCCCUGGGUGGUGGAGCUGUGGCUUGGAGAGCUGAAGCCUUUC